CAUGCUAAACCAAGCUCACCAAGAAAAGCUUUCUUCGCAGCACUUGCCUUGCCUUCCUCGCCUCUCGAGCUUUAAAUCUCACAAGAUCGCCUCCAAUGCCCUCCCCUUUCUCCCUCCGAUCCGCAUCAGUAGCAUGGGAGAACCAAGAAGCUGCAGGCUAUGGCUGCUUGUGCUGGUGUUCGCGCGAUGGUACCAUGCUUCAAUAGCCAUGACGUUCACGAUCUCGAACUACUGCCCCCACCCGAUCUGGCCGGGGACGCUCGCCGGCGCCGGCACGCCGCAGCUGUCCACGACGGGGUUCAAGCUUGACCCCGGGCAGGCCGUCCAGCUGGCGGCGCCGGCGGGGUGGUCGGGGCGGAUAUGGGCGCGGACGGGGUGCGUGUUCGACGCGGACGGCGCGGGCGUGUGCCAGACGGGCGACUGCGGCGGGCGGAUGGAGUGCCGCGGCGCCGGCGCGACGCCGCCGGCCACGUUGUUCGAGGUCACGCUGGACGGGAGCGGCGGCCUGGACUUCUACGACGUGAGCCUCGUCGACGGCUACAACCUGCCCGUCGUCGCGAUCCCGCGGUCGCGGCAAGGCGGCGCGUGCAACGCCACCGGCUGCAUGGCCGACCUCAACCGCUCGUGCCCGAAGGAGCUGCAGGUGGACUGCGGCGGCGGCGCCAUCGCGUGCCGGAGCGCGUGCGAGGCGUUCGCGCAGGACAGGUACUGCUGCAGCGGCCCGUACGCGACGCCGGACGCGUGCCACCCGACGGUGUACUCCUCCAUCUUCAAGUCGGCGUGCCCGCGCGCCUACAGCUACGCCUACGACGACCGCACCAGCACCUUCACCUGCAAGGCCUCCGACUACACCAUCGCCUUCUGCCUCCCGACCUCCGGAAUAAAGAGGUCGGAUGCGGUGUUUCUCGGAGCACAGAUGGACGGCGAGAGCACCGACGGUGGCGACGCGCCGCCAGUUUACAACGGUGGCAGCGCCCCGCCGGCUUACAGCGGUGGCAAUGCGCCGCCGGCGCCGGUGUACAAUAACGGUGGUUUCGAACCGCCGGUUUACAGCUACGGCGGCGGAGGCGCCCGUCAACCGGCCAUGACGGCCUCGUCGGCGAGCCCAUUAUACAUCCGGCCGUGGCUCCUGCUAGUGCUCGUCCUCCUUUUCUGACGGCGCUCGGUUGAUCUUGUUCGUGCACGAUACAUGUCGGGCUACGAGAAAGGUGAAGCUGAAGCUUCUCCUAGAGCUGGAUGAAGAAACGGAGGAUCUGAGCCCAGACGAACAUACGGAUAGCAGGCAUGGAUCGAGGAGGAGAUCCGAGAAGAGGCUGAUGAAGAAUUCUUUUCUGUCAUUGGCUAGUGCACCUUGUGUAUUUGCAGUUGUAAAAAACUGACUGUCCAGCUAGUGGAUUAGAUGCUAGUGAGCAUAAGGAAAAAUUGUUGUAAAGAUUGAAUUGGACGCGUAAACUAUUGAUUCAGUAUUGUAGAGCGAUCAGGUAAACACGCGGAGAAAAUUACUUCUGAACUGUUGACUGGUGA